UACGACAGCUCUUUAGUUAUGAUCGUGCACAGAGAACGCUUAUGCGUGUUUUCCUUAAAAAAAAACAGCGGCAAAGUGAGGUUCGUGCUGUGAAAAGAAAAUCAUAAGAGGGUUAGAUAUCGGCUUUUCGAUAAAAAUAGCGGUGGAGGCUAUAGAAUGUGAUUCUACUAGGCCAGGGAUCCGACGACGAUGUCGAUACUCUCGCCAACAUCUCCGUCAGUGUACACCCCUUCGCGGGGGCGUAAGAUGCGUGCGAGGACCGCGUGCCACUGCGCGCGCAUUUCCCACACUAGGUCCUUCCAUUGAUCACCCACGUCGAGGGGGUCGCGAGCAGCAGAGUGUGCAGUGCCGGAGGAAGCGUAUUGGACUCGGUUGGACGAAACCAAGUGACUUGUGUGUGGAAAUGACAUGAGAUGUCACGAGACGCGUACGUGGGGGGCACGAGGUCCCCGCGCGGCGUGAGGCUGCCCACAGACCGCUCCCCCAGCCGGGGGGGCUACCCCGGAGGGGGCAAGCCCCUCAGGCCCUCUAGGUCGGGCAACAACUCGCCCGACCACUCUUACGGGUAUCACCACCAGUCUCCUUACUACAGAGACGAGGACCUAGGCAGCCCCAUGCUGGAGGAGAGGGGGAGGCCCAUGGCCGUGGGACCGGGGCACCAUAGGAGCAGGAGUGCGACCAGGCCUGCCAACCCUAUGACCGUUCGUUACCAGUCUCUGGAUAGAGGACCGACGGUAGACCAUGAUAGGGAGUUCUUGCCCAUUAGAGAUAGGAGGGAUGAAGAUCUGGGCAGUCCCAUGUUGGAGGACAGAGGGAGACCCAUGACAAUGGGUCCAGUACACCAGAGAAGCAGAAGCGCGACCAGGCCUACUACUAGAGAGUUUAUGCCGAUACGAGAAAGAAGGGAUAGAUCACUAGAUCGUGGCCUUUACUUUGAUGACGAGCCUUACAGCAGCCGUUCCGCCAGACAAUCCCCAACCAUGCACCAACCCUUCAUCGGAGACCUUCAGCACCAGAACUCUGACCUUCAGAGAGAAUUGAACAAUCUGAAAAAGGAACUGGAAUUGACCAACCAAAAAUUGGGAUCUUCCAUGCAUUCCAUCAAGACUUUCUGGAGUCCAGAACUGAAGAAGGAAAGGGCACUGAGGAAAGAGGAGUCGGCUAAGUACAGCUUGAUAAAUGAUCAGCUGAAACUAUUGAGCAGCGAGAAUCAGAAACAAGCCAUGUUAGUCAGGCAACUCGAAGAAGAGCUAAGAAUGAGAAUGCGUGGACCUAGCAUAGAAAUGCAACAGCAGAUGGAGGCGCUGUAUCAGGAGAACGAGCAUCUAACGAGAGAAAUUGCAAUACUGAGAGAUACAAUAAAGGAACUGGAACUGAGGAUCGAAACACAAAAACAAACACUGCAAGCUCGUGAUGAAAGUAUCAAAAAGUUAUUGGAAAUGCUCCAGAACAAAGGCAUGGGUAAGGAAGAGGAGAGGCAGAUGUUCCAACAGAUGCAAGCAAUGGCCCAGAAACAGGAGCUUGACGCGGCCAAUGAGACCUUACGCACCCUCCAAGCACAGCUGGAAUUGGUCCCCUCCCCCUCCAGCAGUACUGUCCGUGUGCUUCUUGACACGAAAGACGCUAGAAUAGCGACGUUGGAGCGGGAGGUCAAUCUGUUGGAAUGCGAGGUCAGAAGGCUGGGUGGGAGCUUAGACCAGCCCCCCACCCUCAGCCUCAGUCAAUCGGAAAUACCUCAAGCCGCGCCUUUCAAACGACAACUCGACGAGUUCCGUGUGGAGAUACAGCGCAGAGACCAGGAGAUCCUAGCUAUGGGCGCCAAGAUGAAGACGCUGGAGGAACAGCACCAGGACUACCAGAGGCACAUAGCCGUUCUCAAGGAGUCCCUCUGCGCCAAGGAGGAACAUUACAAUAUGCUCCAGGCUGACGUGGAGGAGAUGAGGCAGAGGAUGGAUGAGAAGAACAGACAUAUCGAGAAGAAGACACAGCAAAGCCAACAGGAGAGAGCCAGGGCAGCUGCUGAGAUCGCUGAGAUGAGGGAGCAUAUGGAUAUCAAAGAUCGAAAGAUAAAUGUGCUCCAGAGGAAGGUUGAGAAUUUGGAAGAUCUUCUGAAAGAGAAGGACAACCAAGUAGACAUGGCAAGAGCACGGCUCUCCGCCAUGCAAGCACAUCAUUGUUCUUCAGAGGGCGCUCUUUCUUCCCUAGAGGAAGCAAUAGGUGACAAAGAAAAACAAAUGAAUCAAUUGAGGGAGCAACGUGAUAGAGCUGAGCAGGAAAAACAAGAAGAAAGAGAGCUGCAUGAAAGAGAAAUCGCCGAUUACAAAUUGAAGAUACACUCUUUGAACAGUGAAGUCGAGAAGUUGACAGCUCGACUAGACAGGGCUCAAAACGAUAGAGAUAGACUGGAGGCUAAGCUCGAGAGUUCUCAAUCUGAACUCGGAAAGAGCAAAGCAGAAUUGGAUAAAGCUACAAUCGAAGUUGGUAGGAGUGGUCAAGAUUGGGAGCAGGCAAGACAAAGAUUAGCUAGGCUGGAACUGGAAAAUGAGAGGUUGAAGCAAGAAGUCGACAGAUUAACACUUGACAGAGAUAGAGAAAGACCUAGAAGUACUACGUUUGGAAGAACAACCUAUGCAAGCAGCCACGAGCUGGAUAGAGUCCAAGAGCAGGCUGAUAAAACAUCUUCUGAUUUGAGGAGAUGCCAAGCCGAGUUGAGAGUCACCCAAGCGGACAGUGAAAGAGCCAAAAACGAAGCGAAGGCAUUACAAGAGAAACUGGAAAAGUCCCAGGGGGAAUUAUACCGCCUCAAGGCCCGCCUAGAGAAUUCCCAUCAGGAGCAGGACAGCCUUCGGGAGGAACUGGAAAGGUUCCAGUCCACGACGGCCAGACUGCACGCCGACAAAGACCGAGCCUUCGCAGAACUGGAGAAGGUCAGAGAGGAACUGGAACAUUCACAGGGGACCUUGGGAAAGGCUCAAUCACAACAAGACAAACUGCAAAACGCUCUGGACAAGGCUCAGACAGAAGUAGACAAGUUGCAAGAAAAGCUAGACAAGUCCAUUGGGGAGACCAGGAGACUUCAAAUAGAGAAAGAAAAAGUAGCAUACGAUUUAGAGAAUACCCAAUCGCAAUUGGACAAGGCUCUAGGACAGUCUGCUCGACUUCAGAAAGAGAAAGAGUCCGCCCAAAUAGAAGUAGAUCGACAUAGAGACAAACUUGAUAAAACACAGUCUCAGAUAGGCCGCCUCCAGAAAGAAAGAGAUUCCUUCUACGACGAAUGCGAAAAAUUGAAGGAAAAAGUAGAACAACAAUUAACGCAAAUGGCCAAAAUUCAAAGGGAACGUGCUGAUAUCGAAUCUGAAGUGAACAUCUUGAAGGAAAGAUGGGAAAAGACACACAUGAUUCAGCAGAAACUCCAGAUUGAACGGGACGAUGCAAUAACUGAGAUAGACAUCCUGAAAGAAAAGUUAGAGAAAUCGAUGUAUGCCUCACAGUUGGCGGAGAAAGAGAGAGAUUCCUUACACAGGGAAUUCGAGAAAGUUCUAGAGAAAUAUGAAAAAUCUCAAAAUGACCUGUACAGAAUACAGAACAAGGUCGACUCACUGCAACAGGAGAAGGAUAAGUUAGAAAUCGAAAAUGAAAAACAAUUGAUGCUCACAUCCAAACUCAGAGAGGACCAACGAAAUAUACAAGACAAAUUCGACCAUCUCCAAGAAAUGUACGAACGUACUGCUCUACAACUAGGAAGAACGAAAGAUUACGAGGAGAAAUCCAAGGAAGAAAUCGAGAGACUCAAUAUUGACAUUGAGAUGAUCAGGGAUCGUUACGAGAAAGCUCAGAUCGAAGCGAGGAGAAUCCAAAGCGAGAAAGAGAAAUUCCAAUCAGAAAAUGAAAGGUUACAAUACGAACUGGAUAGAGCGCACACUCAAAGCGCAAAAACCCAAGCCAGCUAUGAAAAAUGUCAGGAAGAUAUCGCCAGGCUACAGAUAGAAGCCGAAAAAGCACAUGAGAAACACGAUAAACUCCAAAACGAGUUCAGAAAAGUGGUGGCUGAGUAUGACGCCCUGAGAGAGACCACUAGUGGAUCUACCAGUAGAUAUUCCAGAUAUGAGAGGGAAGACGUGAGAACGAAAGAAGAAAAUGAAAGACUUCGAGCAGAAAUUGACCGUUUGCGAGAGAGGUUGGAUAAGACUUUGACAGACUUGGAUAGAUCCCGAAAAGAACUGGCCCUUGCUGAAACAACCAAAGGUAAAUACUCCUACGAAGACGAGAAAGAAAUGCAAAGAUUACGAGAAGAGUUGCAAAGAACGGUUAGUAAUAAUCAGCAUCUCGAAGACAAGUUGCAUGAAUUGACUUUACAACUUGAGCUUGCCAGAUCUGAAGUUGCGAAGGUGGCUGGUGGCAAUGACAAACAACGGCAUGAACUCGAACGAGCAAUGAUAGAAUGUGAGAAACUCAGAGACAGACACGACAAACUCAAAGCACAAAGUGAUAAACUAGAAAAAGAAAAUGAAAAGUUAAGAACCGAUAUAGCACAAGCUGAAAGGAGACAAACAUUGGCUGCAGAUAAGGUAAGAAAUGACGAAAGACUUGAAAUAGAAAGACUAAAGGAAAAACUGGAGAAAGCCAUACAAGCCAGAGACGCAACAGAAAGGGAAGCUGGAAGACUAGCUCAAGAACUAGAAAAGUCUCAAAUGCACCUAGCCAAAGCACUGGAGACAAACGAUGCCACAAAGAUCGAAUUCGAAAGAAUGGCAACUGAACUAACCAGAAUGCAUGAAAGGAUAGAAAGAGACUCUCUUGACUGGAAAACAUUAGAACAAGAGAGAGAUCUGCUUCGCGCUGAGUUGCAGCAAAUAAGAACAGGGCUAGAAUCCCAAAGAAGAACAAUGGACCACCGUACGCAAGAAACAAUCGUGAAAUUGCAACAAGAGCUUGCUCAAGUUAAUAGAGAAAGAGAGAAAAUGGCUGCAAUGUUCGAUAAACAGGGAAGACAAGGUGACAGUAUAGAGAAGCAAAUAGUUAAGUACGAAGCAGAUAUCAAACAGUUAACCAUGGAACGCGAUCAAUUGGUAGUCCAGUUAGAUAAGAGCCAAGACAUGCUGAUGAACUUCCAACAAGAACUGAACAAUAGUGAAAGUGAACUUGAGAAACAGAAAGCAGAAGUAAAUAAAUUGAAGAACGAACAGAAAAAGAUGUCUCAAGACAUGGAAAGAGGAACCAAAGAUAUAUUGGAAAGUAGAAACGCGGAAAUACAAAAAAUACAACAACAAUUACAAGUUGUACAAAAAGAAAGAGAUAAUCAUAGAAAUCGAGCUGAUAAAGCGGAAAAACGUCUUCAAGAAUCUGGAGCCAGAGGAGAUUCAGAACUGGAACAAUGGAGGAAAGUUGUCGAACAAGAGACGAAUCGAGCUGAUUUGGCCGAAAAAACAGCUCAAGAUCUCCAAAAACGAAUACAAGUUAUGGAGAAACAGUUACAACAACAGCUUAAUCAAAUGGCUCAAUAUCAAAAGGAAAGAGGUAUUCAACCUCAGCCAGCUGUUGAUGAUAAGGAACUCAAUAGGUUGAGAAAAGAAUUAGAGAAGGCUCAAGCAGAAGUCAAGAAUAAAGACACAGAAAAAGAAAGGCUACAAGCUCAACUGGAAAUGCUUGUACAAGAGUUAGAAAGGAAGCAGGUGGAGCUUAUGGAAACACAGAAGAAAUUAAAGAAUGCUGCUACUCAAAGACCUACAGAAGACCUCUCUGGACAAAGGAAGAAGUUAGAAGAAGAGAAAAAACGGCUAGAUGAGUACAAGAGGCAAGUUGACGAACAGAAGAAAGCUGUAGAUUCUAAACACAGGCAGGUUGAAGAAAAGGAGAGGCAGUUAGCUGAAUUAGAUAAAGAACUGAAGAGAAGAAAAGAACAGAUGGACCAACUAGAACAUUCCCUCCAGAAGGCUGGUGGUAGUGCAGCAGCUGCAGGGGAACUGAAUAGGAAAUUAGCUGAAGCUGAAAAGAAUUUACAUCAAGCACAAGAAGAAGUUAAACGAUCGUCAGGCGAGAUGGAAAGACUCCUUCAAUUGGUACAGAUGAGCCAAGAGGAGCAAAACACUAAAGAGAAACAAAUUAUGGAAUUACAACAGUCACUGAAAGCAGCACAGGCAAAACUGAAAAAUCAGCAAACAGUAAAUGCACAAUUAGAGGAACAAAGAAAGCAAGCAGAGAAUCUUACGAAUGACAUGAGGAAACUCGAUGAUGAACUUAAUUUGAAGAAUAAACAAAUAAGUCAACUGAUAGAAAUUAACGAAAAACACCGAAAAAAUACGAACAACCAAAACGAAGAAACUACACUUAUUAGUAGAGAUUUGACCGAAAAUGGGAAUGAAGAAUCGAAAGCUGAUCAAGAUUCGAAAAGCACAAAAAAAUUGAGAAACGAAUUGGACGAAACAAUUGAUGAUUUCAGUAGUGAUGAAACUUUGGAGAGCUUGGAAAAUAUUCUGGAAAAGUCGGAUUUGAAGAAGAUUAGGAUAAAAGAGUUGGAGGAUGCACUCAGGGAAUCCAUUCAAAUAUCUACAGAGAGGGAAUUGGUGCUCCAAGAUGAGGAGAAAAAAAGAAAACAAAUCAUGCAAAAGGUAUUUAAACUGGAGCAACGUCUCAUCUCACUCCAAACUGCCCAGGCUCUGAAAUGUCAUUCUUGCAACCAAUAUGUCAAAAGAAUGGCCAACUUGGAAUCCAGAUUAUGCAGAUUAAUGUCAGAACGUAAGGAGAAUCUGAUGGAACUCAACAGAAUGAGAAUGGACGCUUUGGAAUCAGCUGUCAGCGAAAAAGAUGCACAUUUGGCUUUCUUAGAAAUAAAUGGAAUUAGGAACGCGAAGCAAGCUGACGAAGCUGAAAAACUCCGACUGGACAAAAGAAGACUGAUGGAACGUUUAAGACAGGAAAACGAAAUCAGCAUGUCCCUCAGUCAACAAAACGAAGAUGCAGAUUCAAUACUUUCAGAUAAUUCCGAUGAAGAUUAGGAAGUACCUCAAGGAAACUUCUUCAGCUACAAGAACAAUUGUGAUGCCAAUCAACAUUUUGACCUAGGGUAAAAGAAACCUCAAUUCAAACCAGCAUCAAAAGAUAAUGUUCAAGCGUUGUGAUUAAAUAUAUUAUGUACCUUAAGUUCCUCCUAGGUCAAAACUCACCAGUUCGACGGACUUUGUACCCACUGCCUUCACAAGAUGUUCGAGCAGACAAUUAGGUAAAUAUUAUCGAAGACCAAAGACAAUAUUGAGUUAAUGUGAAAUUGUUCAGAUUUUAAGCAUGACAAUAAAAAUGCAAAGGAAUGGGGCAAGAUCCUUAUUUUCGAAACAGUUCUUUUUCGUUAAUUCGCGUUUUGAAGAUUUUCAAUGGUUACCUUAAGUAGAAUUCUCUCUUUGUGCUAUGGUAUCCUAUAGGGAUAGUUUGUCUGAUGUAUAUUUCGAAUUGUCGAUUUCAGCCUGCUUCCACCACUAUAUAAUGUAUUUAUCUCCUCAUAUAAUUAUUACCUAAUCACACUUAAUGUAAACAAUUCUCUACAUUAUCAUGGAAUUAUAAAACAUUGGCACCUCAAUGAAAUAAUUGGGAGAAGUUCUAGGGAGUUUAAUAACAUUUGGGGCGCGUCUGAAAAUAAAUUACUAGAUUUUUGCAUAAACUGGACCUGGUCAUGGUUUUUUUGAAUCUCUUUUCGAAGAAUCAAUUACUUCAAGAAUAUAAGGAAGAAAAAUAAAAAACUAUCUAAUGAAGGAUAUCCAACAACAACAUCUCUCCUCACAAGCUUAUAACUAGAAUUUUACUGUCGUCUGAAUCGUUUGUCCUAAAGUGGGAAAUUCAUUAAACCAAAGAUAAAUCUCAAAAUUUUCGUGUCCUAUUGCUUUUGUCUAUUGCCUGGGUCCUCAAACUUCUGGCGAUCGAAAUGAAUGUCGAGCUGAAUUUUUCCUGUUUAUUUCUUGUAGUGCCCUUGUAUUGACUCUUCUAAGCUAAAAUGUAGUAAGAAUUUUCAAUCUUCGAUUUCACAAGGUAACCGAAAGUCAGGAUCUCAGUCCAACAUACCCACUUUUGAAUUCCCUCAAAAUGCGGCUAUAAUUUUUUUAUCGGAUAGAACCUAGCGAAUAAUGUAAAAUAUAUUCAGAAUAUUCUAAGUGAAUUAAGUGAGUGUUUGUCACUGAUAUAUUACUAUCAGUGAAGAGAACAAAACACUGAAGUCGAAACUUCUGUAUAAUUUGCUGCGGUUUUCGUAAUUUUCCUGAGUAUGGAAAAUGUUACUUGAUUCUGUAAAAAGUUUAUUCUUCUCUAGAUGAAUCAUAUAUUUAGCAAAUGUACUCAUUCGUGCAAAUAUGUAUGUAAACCUAAGUCAUACUAUAGUCGAUUCAGAAAUUAUCAUUUCAAAACCUUUGUAUAUCGAAUAAUGUACAUUUAUUGUCAUAUCAUUAAGGCCGAGCUACACUGCCAUUCUCGUGCCCUUAUCAUAAAGGCAUGCUCUUGUUUCGUGUAAAUAUUUUCGUCAGUUGUUAAUUCUUUUGUUGAAGAUCGGCUCCUAUUAUUCAAGACAGGACUUCAUGUUUGAAGUACCUCAAUGUUCUUGAAAAUUUACAGUAGAUAAUGAAUCCAAGAUUCAGAUUCCAAUAUUAUUAUUCCUUUCAUCUACAAAAGUUUAAUAUUUCAAUCAUAUGAUUCUUGAGAGCAAUAAUAAAAAUUUAUUUUCUUAAAUCAUUUCCAUUUGAAAAAACUUCUUUCAGUGAAAAUUUAUGAAAUUGAGAUUCGAAAUACCCAAGGUUGCCUAAAGAAAAACACUUCUCGAAGGAAAUUAUUAAAAAGUCGAUUUCAGUCUGCAGGGAGUUACUUUUUUCCAAAUGAAAAAGGUUACAUCCCACUUUUCUUAAUAUCUAGAAACCUUUCAAUCGUUCGCUCGAUUUCCAUUUAUUUCCGAAUAAUUCCUCUAAAACUGAAAUCAGGAUAUUCUUAACAGUGUAUGUCUUGGAAUCUCCAUUUCCAUUUCCCUUGUAAUACUUCAAAUGAAAAGAGGUCCUAGCCACUCAAUAAAUAAGCUUGAUCACACAACAUUUGUUAUCAUGCCACAUUCUCCUGGUCCUUUUCAAUUUUCAACAGUGCUAAUUCAUCAAAGACCAAUUCACUUUUUUCUUAUACCAUCAUGAGAAUGAAUAUCGCUUCAAAUUUCUAUCCUCAUUCAUAUAUAUUGAAGUUUUUUUAACCCAAGCGAUAAAAGCUCUCCGAGCUUUUCUUUGAACCCUAUAACACAGAGUUGUGAGUUACCCACUUAUUCGUUACCUCAAGCCAUACAGAAUUUAUAUUGUAAAGGAGCAUUUACAGAAAAUAAAAGGCACAAAAAUGAAAAUCAAGUAUCAUUGAACCAUUGUUUUAUUAUUGUUAACUUCUGCAUUUAUUUGUGGAUAUUGGAAAAGAUCUCGAUUUUUUAAUUAGUUUUUAAUAUAAUUUCUUCACAUUCCCUUUAUGAUUCAAUAGAUCUUUUUCAUUAUCAAAAUGUUUGGAAGAAAACACUUUGCCGAGUUCUUCUUCAAAUAUGUAAAAAAUAUUGUUUCUGCUGGAAGAAUGUCUAGCAUGAAGAUAAUUCUUCAAAAAGCGAUGUGAUUUGCUUGAUAUUCUUCUGUCAUAGAAACUCUUAAAUAAAAUCAAUCAUCACAUAUCUCAUAAUUAUCUUCAACAAAAGCUUUUUAUAAUUACAUAUAUAGUUACUAAAACCUAAGUAAUAUUUUUUGUAGUUGAUUUCAGAAAAUAUAAUGCUGCAAUGCUUCAAAAUUUCCAUCGGCUCUAAAUUUAGCAUCACAAGAACUUUCCAUAUGGUUUUUUAUAAAUUCGCGAAUUGGAUGUUGUAGCAUUGUGUUUUUUGAAGACAAUAUAAUUUCAAUUCGAAUUCGAAUUGAUGAUUAUUAGUUUUCGUCUAUGUGAACAUUAACAUCAUAGUCAUUCAUUUCUGUACCUCGAAUAUUAUUAUUAAUAUUUCGAUCUUGCGGAACAUGUUACAGAAUUGUGAACUCGAAAAUGUAUAGAGAAUUAUAGUUAAGUAGCCCCUGUUAUUUUCCGAAUUUGUUUAAUAUUUUAGUUACGCUGUUGUAAAAAAAUUGUUAAGUAUGAUGUAUGCAAGUGUGAAAUGAAAGUGAUAAAAAUUC